CACGAAGUGACGCUAACGCUCCUCCCCCCCCCCAGGCGUCCGCAGCGCUGCCUCCGUGGCCAUCUUGGCUCAAGGGGCCCGCGCGCCCGCCCCCGUGGUGGCCACUCCCGCCACUCCUCUGCUCCAUCUAACACAGCAGGUCUCACCCCGCGCGACGGGCGGCGGCUCGAUGAGGGGCUUCGGCCUGGCCGCGGCGCUGGCCCUCCACCUGGGCGCCCGCGCUCCGGCGGCGGCCGCGCCGCUGGUGCGAUCCGACGGAGCUGGAGGCUCGGGCCUGGAACUGCUGGAGCUCGGCUCCUCGGCUUCUCCGGGCGGCGAGGGCGGCUCGGGCGGCUCUGGAGGUUCGGGCAUGGACAUGCCCGGCAUGCCCAUGAGCGACAUCGACACGGGUGCGUCCGCGCCUCGCGAGGCGAAGUUCUGCAACGGCCAGGCCACCUCGAUGUCCAUGACCGGGUUCGGCUCCGUGUUGUUCGACGAGCGCAGGGCGGACCAUGACUGCCUGGUGUUCUUCGCCGCGAUCUGGGUGAUGGAUACCCCCUUGAAGUUCGCGUUCGGGUGCCUGUCCGCGGCGCUGCUCGGCGUGGCCGCGGAGGCGCUGGCGAGGGCGCAACAGGACCCCAGGGUGAAGGCUGGCGCCCUGGCGCCAAGGCUUCUGGUCUACACAGUCGGCCUGAUCGUCGGCUACCUUGUCAUGCUGCUGGUCAUGACGCUCAGCCUGGAGCUCGGCCUGAGCGUCAUUGCAGGGCUGGCGUUCGGGCGCGGGUUCCACUGGUACCUGGCUGGCAACCAGGCUGGCAAGGAUGCCGAAGGCCUGACGCCGUGCUGAAGCUCGCCGUGCUCGCGCGUGGAACUUCUGUCGGGGCGGCCGGGCGGCCGGGCGCCCGAGCGCGCGCGGCCUUCUCUUCCCAGUGUUGUUUUUUUGGGGAGGGCUGGGAGGAGGCGCGCCACAUAGUCUUAAAUAUAACCCCCACUGUGAGGGGCGGGCCGCCGCCCCGCUCGGCUCCCGUGCGCGCACUGCUGCCCCUCCUCUGGGAGAGCCGCCCGGCGCCGCGCCCGCCUGCG